ACUGAAUAAGUAUUACUUUGUAUCAUUUACAAAUUUCAACAAUGAACUUAACACAUCUUUUAUUGAUUUGUCUUAUUUCAUUUGUGUUCUUUACGUAUGUUCAAUGUGACUAUGAUUCAAAUACGGAAGAACCAUGGGAAGAAGAAGAAACACCAAAACCUGUUCCACAUAGGAAACACCCAGUUUUAAGAAAAGUAUUUUUAAGUGCACCAUCAUGGAUGCAUAUACCAUUUUCUAUUGUUGGAGCGGUAGCAACAUACGUUGCCUACCAUUUCUAUGGUUAAAAUAUGAAGGAAGAUUGAUUCGUUUCGAAAGAGAAACUUCAAUAUCGAUUCAUUAAACUCCAUUCAAAUUAAAUGACAUAAAUAACGAAUAUAAUUCUUGUAACAAGAAAAGUUUCAUAGAGAAAAUUUCCGAUGAUAGUUCUUUUUUCUUUUCUUCUUUUUGUUUUGUUUUGUUUCUCUCUUAUCGUUCAUCGUUUGUUAUUUCAAAUUUAUGUAUGAAACUUGGAAUUGUUUCUUAGAAAUUGGCUUCAUUACCAAGUAAUCAUAAUAAUAGUAAUAGUGUAGUGAACAGAACACGGGUGGGGACAAUCGAAUUGUAUUUGCACCAAAAUUACAGAGUUACUCCGUAAAAUAGAAAAUCCACAUAGAAAAUCGUUUAUUUGCAAAAUAUCAAUCCAUCAUAUCAAACCAGACUGUUGUAAUCCUGUUGUAAUCAUCAAUCCAUUGUCUCACAUUUCAUUGUUCAUGAGUUUUCUUACAAAUUGCAUUGUGUUCCCACUCUUCGUUUCUUGAUCUUCCACCAUCUUCUGCUGUCAGACAUUAUGUUCUUUACCCCGCGUCACAUACUACUUACAUCAAUUUUAGCAGCACGCAAAACAAUAGUUCUAAUAAAAGUUGAAAUGAAUAAGACUUAAUUAGUUAACUAGUAAUGACAUUGAACUUUCAUUAUAUAAAUCAUAGGUAAUGUUAUUUAUUACUAA